AUGGAUAAUAUUCUGUUGGCUGGUUCUGAUGUAUCUGAAAUUAUCAACCUCAAAUUCUUUCUUGAUCAUCAAUUCAAGAUUAAGGACUUGGGUUUGGUCCAUUAUUUCUUAGGACUGGAAAUUAUUUCUCAUGAUACUGGAUUCCUUAUUCACCAACACAAGUAUGCAUCUGACUUGUUGGCCGAGUUCAGUUGUUCUAACUACACCCCUGUAGCUUCUCCCCUGGAACCUUCAGUCAAGUUGAUUCUUAGCCAGUUUUUGCAGGAUCCUUGUGCUGCUCAUAUGAAGGCUGGCAUUCAUGUUCUUCAUUAUCUUUUGAAUGCUCCUGAUCAAGGUAUUUUCUUACCUGCUACAUCUAAUUUUUCCAUUUGUGCUUAUGCUGACUCUGAUUGGGCUGCUUGCCCUCUGUCUCGGAGGUCUUUUACUGGUUAUUACAUUGUUCUUGGUGGUUGUCCUAUCUCUUGGAAAAGUAAGAAGCAACCUACAAUUGCACUUUCCUCAGCUGAAGCUUAA